UGGCAUCGUUAAUUGUUUUCUUUCAAAGUUUCUUAUUGUGUAAGCUAAAGCAAAACAUUGGACUGCAUGCAACAUAUCAAACUGCAACAGCAUACUAUACAAAGAACUAUCAGUUUAAUAAAGUUUUUUAUUUUUUCGACUGCAUUUUUUAUCGAUUUAUAUAUUUCAAAAAGUGGAUCAUAAGCUUGAAUUUAUUGAAAUUUUUGAAUUUGAACAUGUGUUUAAAGUUAGGUGAUUAUAAAAUUUAACACCAAUUGUCCGGUUUAUGAUUCAUAAAGUUUAUGGCAAUGCAUUUAAUAAAGUCAUUAUUUUCCGGGACGCUAGUAGCAUGUUCACUAAUAUGGUUGAUUAUACAACAUUUAUUUGUACCACAAGAGCUUCUAAAAAGAUGGUUAGUUGAGCGUAGUCAAGAUAAAGUUGACUUUCUUCAAUUAGAAAGAGAUUGGUGUCGAGUAAGAAGUAAAGCCAUUACUUGGCGGGAAAUGAUCGAGUCUUGUCAAGAAAAAUCGUUAUUUUUAUUGGAUCCAAGAUAUUCUUCAAGCUCCCAAUUAUCUCGAGUAGGUCAAGUAACUAUACGUCCUGCUGGUGAACAUACUUUAAUUCGUAUUGACACAUAUACAAAAUAUGGGGUAUUAAAAUCAUUUGGCGGUGAUUCUUUUCGUGUUUCAUUUUACGGAGCGGACGUGGUAUCUGCUGUAGUUUUUGAUUUAAAAAAUGGUAGCUACGAGGCAUUGGCGCUGCUACUUACUCCUGGAGAAUAUAGAGUCGAUAUCUUUUUAGAAUAUACUCAAUGUAAUGGUUUUAAAGACCCACCCACUGACUGGUAUUUAAAAGCUCAUUGCAGUCGAAAUAGUAACAACACAAUUGUCCCUGAUUAUAUAUCAUCAUCACAAACUAAAUAUAUAAAUGAGUUAGUUUCACCAGGAUUUCGUAUAAAUGUUCCUGAAGCUAGAUACAAUUUAGAAGAGUUACAAAUGGUAGUACGAAAAAGUGAAUGUGGAUUUUCAUGCAAAAAAAUCUGGGACGGGUAUGGUGUCUGGUCAAAAGAUGGAAGUACAUGGAAACCUUACAAAAAGUUAGCAAGUGCUUCACUUAAGGAGAAAAAAGAAAAACAACGUCAAAAAUGGAAUACUUUGUGGAUAUAUGGAGACUCAAUCAGCUACUAUUUUCACUAUAGAUUACAGAAAACACAUCUUUGCAAAAAGGUUUUCAACAUUUGUGGAAACACGUAUAAUUGGAUUUAUCCAAAAACUCUUUAUGAAAUGCGCCAUUUUUGUGAAGACUUUGAAGUUGAUGUGGGAAAAGUUCGUAAAUUCUUCCGCGAUGUUAUUUUAAAUAAGAAAAUGGACAAAGAUAGUGUGUUGAUAUUUAACCUUGGUGCACAUUUUGUUAAGAAUACUUCGUUUCGAAAAUACAAAGAGAUUAUUGAUGGACUAGUAGAGGAGCUCCAUCAUUUUAAGGGAAGAGCCAUCUGGAAAAGUACUACAGCUAUUCAUCAGCAAGAUAAGUCUGGUAAUGAAGUUAUGGGAGCAUUUAGAAGAUAUCUUACAAACCAGAGAGUUCAGUUAUUUAACGCCUAUGCGAAUGCGGCCAUUUGCAAUGCUGAUCAUGACUUACUAGAUAUACAUCCUUUAACUGCUUCAUAUCCUGGUGGAACAAAGGACGGCGUCCAUUAUCUUCCAAAUGCUUCUGUACCCAUUGAAAAUCUACUUAAUGAGUAUUUUAGCAAAUAAAUAUUUGUAAGUUUUCAUUGAGGUUCUUAGUGAUGUGGAAGAUAAAUGUCCGAGACAAUAGGUAAAGAAGUUUUCAACAGAAAAAAGCAGCCAAUAGCUGGGUAUGAAUUUUGUUAAAGUUCUCAUACAUGACUCAUGAUAAAGAGAUCUCAUAGAAUUAAUAAAGAAGCCUAUUAAGUUUCAAUGUCUACACAUUUCAAUUGUUAUAUGUAAAACAUUACUGAAAAUUGCUUAGCGAUUGAGUAUUUUAAAGUUACUUAGAAAUAUGGGAAAUAAAUAUUGGACAGAUAUAAAAGUUAUUAUCCGGAAGAAAAAACAAUCGAUAUGUGGUAAUAAACUUGUUUUCUAGCUUGACUUGUGAUGAAGAAAUUUCACACUCCUUCACUUAGAACAAACAUAAAUAGUAUGUAUAACAGAUAGCUACAUUGAUUAAAAAAGAUUAUCAAUAACUUAUCUGAAAA